AUGGCUUCCAAUAUGGCCUCGUCGCGGAUGCCAUUCGAGGAGGACGACUCGCCAACUCCAUCUCCAGUAAAGCGACAAGUCACAGAAGUACCAUCGAAGAUUCUUGGAUCUUUAGCUGGCACCGCCGCCGAUGAUGAGCCAUCAAGUUCACAGCCGGACCCCAACGAAGACCCAGAUGAAGCUUCCGAUCUGGACAUACGGCGGCCACUGGGGAGAGCUGCCAGACGCAUGCUAGGCGGAGAUGAAACCUCUAGUCCCCGUCGAGACGUUCGUGUUCAAUCAGCAAGCGCGAAAGGUCAGCAGAGCGAUGAGGAGGACCUUUACUCUGCUACUCCUCGAAAGGAGAGAGAGUUCAACCCGCCUUCAGUUCCUGCCAGUGAGGCUCGCUCUGCGCUUUUUGUGAGCCCAGCACGUUCGGCACAGGACGAGAGCGACGAAGACCUACCUCGCAAUCCUCUGGCUAACUCCAAACUCGUGGCUCUUGUAGCCGAGAAACGCAAAGCACGUAUUGCCAGAGAGGCGGAAGAGGAACAACAACGACGCUUUGAUAAUCGCAACACCUCUGACCUUCCUGACGAGUUGCUGGGCGGCUCCCAGGAGGAAGAUGUCAACCCUGAUAUUGAACGUAUCAUGUCCGAUGCCGCUCCUCCCACUCGAAAGGCCAGCAAGAAGGCAUUACUUGAAAUGGAGCGAGAGACCCAGCGGAUGUCCAGACAGCAAGCACUCGCACAUCAGAUGAAAGUCAAAAGAAAGUUCACGACCUCGGACUUGUUCGCUCGACUCAAUUAUCAUCCCGAUGGAGAGCAAAGCGGUCCAACGGUCCGAGAUGGAGACAUUUCCGCGUCAUCAGUUCCUAACAGCGACUCUGCAGAGAGCGUGCUUAGAGAACCUCCCAGCACACCUCCGUCGAGCCCGCCAACUCCUUUGGAUCGGGUCCGAGCACAGGUAGAUCAAGGUGCUUUGAGCAAACAAGUGCCGGUACGAGAAGACAGUCUGACCAGCCUCACGGAUGUGGACGACGAGGAGCUGCCGGACAUGGCCCAGAUUCUCAGUUCCUCUCGCGCCGCACCGACGAAAGACGGCCAACGUGCCUCGGAGCCAGUCCCAAAGAAAGGCCUUAAGCUGGCGAGAUUGGGCAAGAAAGCAAUGGGUGUGCACAAUGAUGAGAGCGACGACGAUCUGGAGAUUAUCAAUGACUUACCUGCCCAUUUGAGGGUCUUCGAUAAAGUCAAGGCCGUUUCAAACCAAAAGCACCAUUCUACGGCCAUCCACACACUUAAGCACCUUGCGCAUAUCGGAGCAGAUGCAGCACCAUCACGACGGAAGAAAGGCCCUUCUCGGAUCUCAGUCAACCCGCAAGUGCUCGAAGCCCAGCUUCGAAUGCGUGCGAAGGAGCAAGCGCGCGCUCAGCAACUGGAACGUAUCGCAGAGCUGAAGGCAAAGGGUAUUGAAAUCCAGACAACAGAGGAGCGCGAGCGAGAGCAAGAACAGUAUGAAAACUUGCUGGAAAAGGCAAGGCAGGAGGCUGUUGAUCUUCGUAAAGCCGAGAAGGCGGCUGCCAAAGGGCUGGGCACAGAGGAAGCGAGAGUGCUUGCCAGUGAUGAUGAAAGCGAGGAUGGUGAUUACACUGACGCCUCCGAGGAUGAAGAUGAGCAGCUCGGAGAUGCACACGACAGCAAUGACCUUGUCGAUGAUGUUGCUGACGAGAGCGAGGACGACGAGGGAGAAGGCGAGGAUGAAGUUGAGGAGGAGGAUGAGUUGGCCCAAGAAGAAGAGCAAGCGGAUGAGCAUGAAUCCGCCCAGCCCACGACUCAACAGAAGGAUGAGGUCUCACCUUUCCCUUUGACAACUCCUCAGGCCAGCCGAAAGCCUCGAAAAUCACACAUCAUCAUGGACGACGAGGAUGAGAGCGACGCAGAGGUCUUGCAGGCCCUACCUGCGCUGGAUGCCACUGAGGACGACGAUCCUUUUGCGGCAUUUGGAUUUGGCGCUGCGAAACCUGCAAGCUCCCUGAUGAGUCCGACACAGGCAUUCAACGCUACCAUGCAAACCCCAACACAACUGACGCAGCAAGAUUCUAUGGACGUACUGAACUACCUUGCACCGCCGACCUCGUCAUCGCUGCCAUCAUUCGGAAUGCACAUGGAUUCUCAGACCCAAGACGAGAGCCAAGGUGGUGUUGUACCUGGUAGCCAAGUUCCAGAGAGCCAGCAAGUCAACCUUCUCUGGGAGACUCAAGCACCCGAAACACCUGUGCCGGGCUUGCAUCGAGAGGGAUCAAACACUACUCUGGAGACACCAGGUUGGCAGCCAACGCAAGACGCAGGCCUGCCUUCGCCGUGGCAAACGAUGCCUGGCUUGAGGCGCGAGAACACCAUGGAAUCCAUCCCCGAGCACGACACCCAAUCGACUGUUCGUGUUCGUAUCAGUGAAUCACCAGCACCGCAACCUGCCCGUAAACGCCUCAUUCGUGGCCAGAGAGCUGUGGUUGACUCGAGCGAUGAUGAGGAAGAGCCAAAGUCCACAGUUGUCAGCAGCAAACCAGCAAAGAAAGACGCCUUUCGGGAGAUGGCUAGGAAACGCAAAGAAGCCAUGACUGCAGCCGAGCGCGAAGAAGUGGAGCGCGAGAUGAAGCAGAUGAUGGAAGAGCAAGCCGAGGAAUCCGAGGAUGAAUAUGCAGGCUUGGGAGGCGACGACUUCGUAGCACCAGAGACCGAACAGGACCGCGAAAUCAUUGACAGCAGUCAUGUCGAUGUCGACGAGCGGCAACUGGCCGCAUUGUUUGCGGAGCGUCAACGAGUGGCCGACGAAGCUGAAGCUCAGAAACUGUACAAAGACAUUACCACCGGCGGUCUGAGGAGGAAGCAGGCGAACAUGUUCGAUCUUGACGAAGACGAAGACGAUCUUGCUGUUCGCCGACGACAAAUGAGGCAGCGUGAAGAGGCCCGAAAGCGAAAGCUGCUGUUGCAAGAUGACAAUAUUGCUGGACUGGCGGAAGGAAAACACAGCAAGGGGAAAGAUGCCUUCCUCAAAGCCAUUGCGGAUGACGAUGAGCGAGACGACGAUAUCCUGGAGCUAUCUAACGAGGACGACAAUGAUGCAUCGGCGACACAAAGUGACAGCCAGCCAUCGCAACAGGCCGAUGAUCCCAUCGGCCCACUUCGUCAACUCAGUGGUAACAAGCGGCGUCUCGAAGAGGCUCCAGAAGAGCGUCGUCUAGCCAAAGAGCGUCGUACACAGGCAUCCGCUUUCAGAGCCCCGGCCUCUCUAGCAGAAGUUCGUGAAUCUGUCAGCUUCCUACUGGACGAGCCACAUGCACCGACUGUUGGGCCUACGGUGCUUCAGUCAGACUCAGAAUCUGACAAAGAAGAUGCGCCAACUGAAGAGCAGCAGUCAGUAGACGAUGAAGACGAAGUUGAAGAAGAGAACAAUCGCCAGAACGACGGUGGCUUCGCAUCCGACAGGAUAGCAAUGCCGCCUCCACGACUGCCUGCUUCCCAGCGACGCACUGCUGCUAAGCCAUCCGUCGUUGAUCGGCUGUCGUUGAAACGAGGCUCUAGUGCCUCUGAUAGUGCACAUGCGAGAACAGCAUGGGCGGCGCCAGCGAAUGGUGGAUUCAAGGUGCCAUCGCUGCUCCGAAGGGCCACCACCAACACUGCGCUCAAUGCAAACGAACGUGGUGUGUCUACUUCGAACGGGAUUUCGAAGGACAAUUCCAGCGUCAAGAUGGGAGGCACGAAGAAAUCGUCACUUGCAUAUCAAGCACUCGCAGAAGAGCGAAACAAGAUCGUGGAAGCGUCCACGAAGAAGCGGGACGAGAACCGAGUACGCAUCGCGAAGUUGAGACGUGCUGCUAGCAGUGGCUUUGGAAAGGACAUGGGCGGUCGUUUUGAGUAG